AUGCCGAGUAAUGGCAUCACUGGCCCAUUACCAGAAUCAAUGGGAAAGCUCUUGAGCUUAAGGGAGCUCGGUUUAUCACAGAAUAACAUUAAUGGAACAUUUCCAAAAGGAAUGGGGAACUUGUGCAAGUUACAGAUCAUAGAUUUUUUUAGCAAUUUUAUCAGUGGGGGCAUUGAUGAUCUUAUUGAUGGAUUGUCUAAAUGCAGGGAGAACAAGGAUGGUUCUGUUUCAGAAAGCAGUGAGGGUCUACGAACCUUGAUUCUGGGAAACAACAAGCUAAAUGGAACAGUUCCAGAGAACAUAGGCCAAUUAUCUAAACUGAGGGCAUUGCAUCUCUUUUCAAAUUCUUUUAUGAGUGUCUUAACUGAAUCUCAUUUUGCUAAUCUAGUAAACUUGACACAUUUGGACUUGUCCUACAACUCGUUGCAAUUGAAUGCCCCGGUUUUCCUGCUUGGGUUAAAACUCAGACACAAUUGGAUGACUUUGCUUAUCAGAUGCUGGAAUUUCAGAUUUGAAGGCCCAUUACCUGAGUUUCAUCCCACUUCUAUGCUUGUUAUCUAUCUCAACGAUAACUUAUUCUCUGGGUCUAUCCCUUCUUACUUUGCUGAUGCUACUUUCAUUCAGAUUUUCUCUCUAUCUGAUAAUCAUAUCAAUGGCAGCAUUCCGUCAUUCUUUUGUAAUCUCACUGAUUUGAAAUUGCUUGAUGUAUCUAAUAAUAAUAUGUCUGGCAGACUUCCCCGUUGCUGGAAUCCAACAUCAACGUUAAAAAUUAUUGAUUUAUCUGACAAUAAUUUCAUCGGUGAAAUUCCUGAUGGCCUUGUGUCCUUAACCGAUCUCCGAUCCUUACAUCUAAGGAACAAUGGCUUCUCUGGAAAUCUCCCAUUGUCCUUGCAAAUGGCCAACAAUUUGGUCAUUCUCGACAUUGGUGAAAACAAGCUCUCAGGCAACAUACCAACAUGGAUUGGUGAAAACCUUUCCUCUUUAAUAGUCCUUCGCUUAAGGUCAAAUUAUUUUGAAGGUAUUAUUCCAGAGCAGUUAUCAAAACUCUCCUCUCUUCAGAUCCUGGACCUUGCAGACAAUAACUUAUCAGGUUGCAUUCCUCAUUCUUUUGGAGAUUUCAAAGCCAUAGUAGUCACAAAUCACAAUGAAUCUUUGCCCUUCAGUUUUCAUGAGGCCUUUUAUCCUGAUUAUCGUUGGGCCAGUUCUCCAGAAAACUUUGUGCACUCGGAAUCUCUCUUGAUAAAUGCAAAGGGCCUCCAAAUGGAAUACUCUAAGAUUCUAUCAUUAGUCACAAGCAUAGACUUAUCAAACAAUAAGCUUUCCUGUGAGUUGCCUGAGGAACUGACCAAACUGCAUGGACUGCAUUUCUUGAAUCUUUCUUACAACCAUUUCAAUGGAAAGAUACCAGAAAGCAUCAGUGACAUGAAACAGCUGGAAUCACUUGAUCUGUCAGAGAACAAUUUAUUUGGUACCAUUCCUUCAGCCAUGUCCACUUUGAACUUCUUGAGCCAUUUGAACCUAUCUCACAACAUUUUGUCAGGAAAAAUUCCAUCAGGCGGCCAACUUCAAACUUUCAAUCCAUCAGCCUAUAAUUGGAAUCUUAAUCUCUGUGGAUCACCUCUUCAGAAAUGUACUACUGAUCAGACACAUUACUCCCAAAGUGCAAAUGAGGAAGAAGGAGAAAGUGAUUGGUUAGAGAUGUUAUGGCUUUACGUAGGUCUUGCAAUGGGAUUCAUAAUUGGCUUCUGGAUGACCAUUGGUACCAUUAUGAUCAAGCAAGCAAUAAGAAUUGCUUAUUUCAGAUCCAUUGACAAAGCAUAUGAUUUUCUAUAUGUGAAGAUAGUUGUGUACUCUCGGAGACUAAAAUCAACUUUCUCAAAGAGCAACUAAGGUCAAAAGUAACAAGUCCAGGUGGCCUAACUAGUUUAUAUCAAUAAAGUGAAGUUACUCUAUUAUGUUGCUUUUGUUGCCGAGUCCUUGUUCAUUUUGUAUUUGAAUAAUGAGUUUGUAAUUUGAGUUUUUAUUGGAUUUGAAAUUGCAAGGUGAGUCUCUGUUUUAAGUGCUUGC